AUGAGCGACCAGAGAGACCGUCUACUGCCAGAGGUGGAGGAGCACUACGGUUCUGUUGUUGUAGAUGGUGGUGUGGCCCAGUGGCCUAGGAAGGCGAGCCAUCCACGCAGGCUCAUCUCGUACAUCGCAGGCUGUGUGAUGGCAUUAGUGCUGGUGAUGUUGGGGUAUGCGACGUUUCUGUCGUAUGAACGGGCUGAUGAGCUGAUCCAGCAGUCCGUGGAGAUGGACGUGCAGAGUGUCAGGUUUGCUAAGCUGACAACAAGCGGCGUACAGGUCCAGAUCCAGGCGUUGUCGGUGGUUGACUACGACCGGAUACAGAAUGACGACUACUCCAGGGCUCUGUUCAAGCUUGGUGGCAGCGUGCUGCGGACAGUGACACUACAGUCAGAGCCAGUGCACAUUGCGACGGUCUUUGACGACAUGGAACUGAACCUGGGGACCAUGAGGAUCCCCCCUGUCACUGUGGACAUACACAACCACGGCGAGACCUUGGUGGACGUUGUAAUUGACGUCAAGCCCGAUACAAAGAGCCUGUUCUCGAUCCUGAAGAGGCUGCUCCAGGACCCAGACGAGGUGAUGAAGCUGCGUGGCUCAGGGAUCAUCAGCGUGACUUUGGGCUUGAUACCCUUGGGCUCGUUCCCGUUGAGUUUUGAACACCUCGUUUCCACUUCAGAAUACAUCGAUGCCAUCGACUUCGACCGUUUAUCGAUUCAGAACCUAUCGUGCUCUGAAGCUGAGGCUGGGUAUGGCAUUUCCGGACAGCUCAUGCUUCCAAACCCAACGUUUGAGAAGACCAUUGUGGGAUUCCAAGCCCCAUCUCUUCAAUUUGACAUCUUCAACGAGGAUUGUAAUGGAGACUCAGUCUUAACGAUCUUUUCAGACCUUAUUACGUGUGAUUCGUUCCAUCUGUCUCCAUCAGAUGAGAAUAUCACCGUGAAUUUCUCAACCUCAGUGGGGCAACUAGAUGGCCGGUGGAACGAAAUAUGUAUCAACGACGGUAUUUCGCCAUUAGACAGGGUUCUCAAGCAGCUAGUAACCAAUGGGACUGUACCGGUAUCUCUGAAAAAUAUCAAUAUACCUUCAAUGUCAUCAGAGUUUGUGAACAAGCUGUUGAAAUUUGUCGAACUUGAUGUUGAUUACAAGUUUCCUUCUUCAGAUGGUGGAUCAUUAAUGGAUAGUGUGAUCCAUAAUGUAUCCUUGGAGAAUUUGGCUUUACAGAUGGACAGCGACGGGGAAACAACGUUUGUUGAUGGAGACGUUGAAGUUUUCGUUGCUCCUCCCAAGGGACUUGUUGAUGGGAUUCGGAUCAUAGGUCUUCGUGGAGGUCCAAUUUUGUCCUAUCAAGGCUCGCCAUUUGGCGUAAUUGACCUCACAGAAUGGCACACAUGUGGCAACCAUGUUGCUGAUGAAUUUCUCGUUGUUACCAUGACCUUGAAUCACUCCCUCUUGACGAUAACCGACAAAUCUGUGUUCCAGGCCUUGGUAAAGGAGGUGUUUUUGAAAGGCUCUGCUGAACUUGGUGUGGACGUGAGCUUGGAUGCUAAACUACAAGUACGUACUGUUGGCACGUUCCAAAUCGAUGGCAUCAAGACCAAGGGCAAGACGACGAUAAGCCGGUAA